UUCCAACUAUUCCACCCCAAUAUCAUUUCUCUUUACUCCAUUUUCAUGCUCCACUGGUUCGAGUUAACCAUCUCUCGAAUCCUUGUCUUCCCUUAUCAAGAGGGUAUAUAUCCUGUGAUUUCUACAGAUUCUGAGAAUUCUGUAAUUAUGUACACUUUUGAUGAUACCGUAAUCGAUUUUGGAAGUUUUGAGAAUCAUUUUUCAUUUCUUUUGGGUGCCGGAGUACGUGCCAGAUACAUGCUUUUAGUAUGCUUCGCUUUGCCAUGUGUAGCCGUUGAGAGAUGUUUUGCCACGUUGAUGGUUAGAACCUACGAAAAACACCCACGAGUCUACAUAUCAACCUUAUUAUUGGUUUUUUGUCACCUAAUUUCGAUUUUUCUGUCCUAUCAAACUAUUCAAUGGAAAUAUUCGUAUUUUCAAAUUAUCAUUACUUUCACAAUAGCUUUAUCAUCUACUAUCACCAUUUUUGCAUUUUUAUACAUCUACAAUUCUUCUGUCACCCGCCGACUGGAAUUACAGCACCGCAGAUAUGGCUAUCAUUUUGGAAAACGAUUUCAGGCCAAAGAAAAUUUAAAAUCUCUAAAAGUA